AUGUCUCACCACCUCUCCUCCUUCUUCAAAUCCGCCGCCGGCGUAGCCGAAAAUGUCUGGGAAAGCGCUGCGAACAAUCUCUCUAAUAGUCCAAAACGCCAUCGCGAGCGUGGUUUGACUGUUCGUCAAAGUCAUCAACAAUCUCAGCAAGCUCAGCAAGUUCAACAAGUUCAACCAAGACGCUUAUUCCCAGCUGUAAGACCAGCGCCUGUUCCUGCUACUGCAACCGCAGGUCAACCUAUUGGCCUUGGAUUAGGCCUCGCUAUGGAACUGGGUGAUCAUGAACACAUUGGUAUUCCAAGCGGUGUGGAAAACCAAAAUCCACACACACCUUUAACUUCAAGUUCGGCUGUGGUGGUUGAUGCAACUCGUACAAACACGACCAAUAUUCCUCCACCCUCAAUCAUGGCUCUCGCAAAAACCUCCAGCAAAAACACCCAAGGAAGUGCGAAUAGUAAGGAGACAAGCACAACCAAGAGUGCAAAUAGUUAUAAUCCGCUGGUUACUACAAGCUCGACAUACACGAAUCCGAGUGAGAAUUUGCCGCCGACGCCGAAUUUGAGGGCGGUGGAUGAGGUGGGGAGGUUUGGGGAUGUUGUUGGUGGUGGUGGUGGAGAUGAUGGCGAGGGAGAGAGCAGUGCAGGAGGAAGCACAAGUCAGAGUCAAAGUGAGGAGAUUAGUCCGGUCGAUGCAUUGGGUAUGUUUGGUCCUAUUCCUGGCUCUGGAUUUGUUUCUGCCUCUGGUGGUGGAGCGAGUGCAGGAGAAAUCGGUGACACUGCGCAUGAGCGAAGCGGGCGUCAUGGAAGUAUUAAUAUGCAGACUCCCACCGUCACAGCCUCGGGAUCUCGAGUUCACAAUUAUCGAGGUGUUGAUCAUGGUCCUGUUGCGAUUCCGGGCUCGGGCUCGGGUUCGGGUGUCAAUACUCCAAGAUUGAAUGCUGCUGGACUCGGUACUUCUGGAGUAAACAUGCAAGGGAGAGAACGCGCUUUUACGAUUCCGAGAAAACCUGUCCCAAUGACGAUUGUAGUCGGUAAUACAGGCUUAGAAGUCGUUCCUUAUGGACGUCCUAUUGAGGAUAUCGGAACUGGUGCGUGUAUUGUUAAUAGGCAGGAAUGUGUAGAUUGGAAAGACAGGUUUGAGGGACGAGGACGAGGACAAGGAGAAGAUGAGGAAGAGGGUAGAGAUGAAGGUGAAGGAGAAGAGAGAGAGGAGGUCGGUGAGAGCGAGGAGGAAAGAAAAGAAAGAUUGGAGAAGGAGAGAAAGGAGAGAGAGAAGCGAGAUCUCCUUCACGAAAAUCCCCUCCUUUCCCAUCCCAUCGAGCCCACAACCAUCGCCACCGGCACCCCACCCACCGUCUCCCCAACCUACAUCGCCGCUACUUCCCUAAGUUCUAAACGUCGGGGUUUCCGUCGCUCCUGGACCGCGCCAAUCAACGGCUUUAAUUUCACCAACUUAGGUGGAAUCGGCGUCAUGGGUUUCGGAACCUCAAACCAAGAUCCAAAUAUGCAUGGAGUAAUUGGGGAUGCGGGAAUGGGAAUGAAUCAGAGAGGUACCGCGAGAGAUAGGUAUUCUGGAAAUAGUAGUGAGGGAGUGGGAAUGGGAAUGGGUUCUAGACGAGGAAGUUUUUUGCGCAGAGCAAGUGUGAGUUUUAGGGGGAUGGGAUUGGGGAUGCAGGGAUUUUUGAGGAGUGCAAGUGGUGGUGGUGGUGGUAGUGUAUUUGCUGGAGCUGGAGCUGGUGGUGCUGCGGAAAGAAUGGGUGUGAGUAUGGAUCAUACACGUGAAAGUGAAGGUAGAAAUGUGGGAAUCGAGAGGCCGGUCACCAUGCAAUCGGAGUAUAGAGGUGUAGGUGGGUAUGUGGGGGACGAAGCAAUGGCUGUUGCGCGGGAAAGAGUUGCGGAGGCUGAAACUCAACAACGAAGAAGCCAUCGCCAAUCAAUGGUCCUGCCAAAAUUCGAAUGGGAAGAAGAAUUCAGAACUGCGGAUGAUGAGGGUGAUGCUUAG